AUGAAGUCUAGCCUCUACAACGAGAACAACUUUGAGCUGGGCCACAGCGAGGUCUGGGGAUCAUGGUACGAUGCUGCUGCAGAAAGAUGGGGCUACGCGUGCACUUGCCAUGAAGGGGGCGAUCUCGAAGCCGGCGCUCCCGCUUGCCUGGACGAUCUUCAGCCCCGCAGCUCCUUCGCAGAGGCCGACCUCUUCGCACUGCGAUGGUUACAAGCUGCUCUGCGAGAGUAUCGUCGACAACAUCAGCUGGAUGCGGCUUGCGCUUCACGCUUCGGACGUUUACCGCCAGAAGAGGUGGAGCGGUCCCUAGCAACCCCGCUACAGACUCUGCAGGCAAGCUGUCACAGUUAUUGGAAGGGGGAGGAGGUCCAUGUCUGGAGCGUUGGGCACAACAAGUGGUUCAAAACCGGGCGGGUCGUCGCUGUGAGGGAGACAGAAGAAGGAGGGCGAGCUGUCGGCUCGGUGCUCGUCACGUUUGUGGAGAUGGCCGACAGCAAACCUUCCAGGAAGUGGGUGUCUCCAGCCAACAUACCGGCUGUUCUGCGGAAGGCAGCAGAGGUGAAAAUUUCGCGAGAUGAUCUGGACAAGAUCGUGCGAAUAGCUGAACUUUGUGCAGAACGAGAAUAUCAUGCAGCUAGCCAGGUGUACCUAGAGCUGACGGUGGGUCAUGGACGGUGGCAUGGAGAUCUCUCCGUCCCAAGCAGCCUGUUGUGGUUUCUGUUUCGCGUCUUGCGCGUGGCAAGUGCCCUGGUAACCAGCCUUGCUUUCGGCUCCCGGGAUAGCAGAACUGGACUGAACUUCACCUGCAACAUGGAUCCCACUCUAGCUGCCCGCUUCGCUCGCCAGAAGGAGAAGCAUGAGAAAGGUGAGGAGGUGGCAGAGAUUGGAUCCCAGGCGAAUCAAAGAACACAGCUAGAUCCUGCUCUUGCGCAGAGAUGGGAGAAGCUGCAGAAAAGCGAGUUCCCGGUGGAAGAUGACAUCGGUUCCAAAGCCGAGAAGAUCGUCAAACUAGAUCCUGUGCUUGCCAAGCGCUGGUCGCAGCAGCAGGAACUGGUCGACUCGGGUCUCUACGAAGCUGAGAUUGGUUCUAUGGCAGAUAAGUCGACGAAGCUGGAUCCGACGCUUGCUAAGCACUGGGCAGCAGCUCACGAAAGGGCCUUGGCAGGCAAGGGGAUUCCGGACCCAGAAGAAGCGGGUCCCAAAGCGGACUUUUCCAGGAAAGACACGGAGCUUGCAAAGCGCUUUGCAAAGCUACAGCGACAAGCUCAAAGAAAUGAAGGUGGCGAGGCAGAGAGAUGCCAGCUACAAUUCUCGGCUGGGGAGAGCAAGGAGCACGAAGUCUCCACUGAGGGGUCCGGGUCGGCCAUUGGCCGCCUCCAAUGGAGCGCCGUGGUCCUGGCAGACUUCACAAUUGAUCUCGAAGUCUGUGCUGUGGUUCGAAUACCUCCGCAGAUGGAGAGCACGGAGACCAUCGUGUUGCAAAGGCAUGCUCGUGGAGGAACUUUUGUUGGCACGCUCGACUCGAGAACCGACAGGCGACUUGUCGUCAGACAAGGUGACGAGCAGCUAAGAAAGGAAGUCAUAUCCGUCGUCUUUAAGUUCAGCAAUUCCUUCAGUUGGUUCACGGGAAAGGAGGUUGAGCUGGUCGUUCUGAGAGAUUGA